AUGAAAAAUCAACCAAGGAGAAGACGUGUUUCCAAAGCCCGGACAUUGUGUUCGGCAAAUGUUGAAGAAUUCUGUAAAAAUACAACGUUACAUGGCUUGAAAUAUAUUGUGGAAAAAGAUUUAAAUAUUUUCGAAAGAAUUUAUUUUCUUGUAUCAAUUGUUUUUGUGAUGAUGGCAGCAGGAUAUUUUAUAUCAAAUGUUUAUUCGAAAUGGCAGAAUACGCCGGUUAUUGUUGGUUUGAGUGCUAAGCCAAACUUUAUUACCAAAUCACCAUUUCCGGCGGUGACAAUUUGUAAUUUAAAUCAAGCUAUGAAAUCAAAAGCAAUGAAUUUUACCAAUGACAGCCUUGAGAAUUCCAUGUUGCAGAUGCUUUGUAAUCGUGAAGUUUCAUUAAAAUACUCAAAUUCAGUUAAGGAUUGGACAAUACUUGAGGAUUUUAUUGAAGAAGUUUCUCAACCUUGUAACAAAAUGCUGCUGGCUUGUCGUUUCGGUGGUAUCGACUACAAGUGUCAAGACAUUUUUCAACCUAUUCUAACUGAUGAAGGAUUAUGUUGUUCAUUUAAUGUUGUACAUGCCGCUUUUAUGUUUAUCCAUCGAGAUAGUUUAAGUCCUGAACAAAUAAAUGAUUCUCCCUUCUCUGAUGGAUCUGUUCCGGUUGAUUGGGACCCAGAAAGAGGCUAUCCGAACUUAAUGCCUCGAAGAUUCUAUCCACGAGUUGCUGCUGGAACGGGAGAGUCACUUGGAUUUUCAGUUGUUCUUAAUGUCGAUUUGGAGGAAUAUUACUGUUCAUCAGCUAGUGGACCUGGUUUUAAGAUUUCCUUACACAGUCCAACAGAGACUCCUCAACUUCGUGAAACAGGCCUUCUGCUCCAACCUGGCUACGAAACUAAAGUACGCAUCAAUGCAGUAAAAUCUGAAGCUGGCACAGGACUACGCUACAUCCGUCGAAAACAUCGCCAGUGUAUUUUCAAUGACGAAUCCAAAUUGAUCUACUAUCGAUUCUAUACGAAACGUAAUUGUGAAAUGGAAUGUGAUGCCAAGUUGAUGUAUAAAAAUUGUAAUUGCGUCACAUUUUACAUGCCAAAAGUAUAUCCUAAUGUUAGCCGAUGUGGAAUUCGAGAUAGACCGUGUGUUGAAGGCGUUAUGCGUCGAUCGCAUGUUCGAGAUGAACAGGAAAUGGAAUGUCAUGAUUUUUGUCUACCGAGUUGUUUUGAUUUGACAUUUUUGCCCGAUUUCUUCUCAGCUCCAAUAUCACAUAAGGGAUUUUCAAUUCAAAGUCAAUUGAUUCAAAAUAUGAGCAAUCAAUAUGCAUCGCAGAAUAUUGCAGUGGUAAAUAUGUACUUUAAGGAGAAUACGUUUAGGAGCAGUUAUAAGCAACAGUUCAUAGGGAUUACUGAUUUUUUAUCAAACACUGGUGGCUUAAUGGGACUGUUCAUGGGCUUUAGUUUUAUUUCACUGGCAGAAUUAGUUUAUUUCGCCUUCAUGCGACCUUUUCACCGUUUUUUUCAGCAACGUGUGAACAAAAGUCCAACUAUAAUAAGAAUUGACGACCCUCAACCACGCCCAAAAUCACAAACAAGACUUCAGCUACUAAAACCUCUCGAUUACACCACCUUAAACAAACGAAACUACAAUUAUAGAUCAAGAUUAGUAAAUCUAUCAUCGUCGUCAUCAUCAUCGUCAGCACCGUUGCCGUCUGUGUCGUCGUUUAUGUCGAAUAAAGUAAUUCCCACCAACAAUUUGCAUCAAAAACAACAACAGCAGCUACAAAAUAUUGGAACCAAUGCACAAUCCUUGAUGAGGAAGGACUAAAAGGAAGUACCACCACCACUACCCAUCUAACACCCACCUCGUCUAUUUAGUCAUAUUAAAAGUACUUAACUUAUACACAAAUUUUAUUGUUG